AUGCCCCCACCUGCUCAUCUGCCGAGUCUAAAAUCCGAAAACAAAGGAAACGAUCCAAACGUGGUCAUUGUGCCCAAAGACGGGACAGGAUGGGCAAACAAGCAGGAACAACCCGAUCAAAAGAGUUCUAUUGUAUCAAUACAACAGCAGCAGGAGUCGCAGCCGCCGCAGGCUUCACAGAAAUCUGUCUCCAAUCUUCAGAAACCGUCUCCAGUAGCCAACCCCGAGAACACAAACACAGGUGGACCAAAGCAAUGGGCCCAGCUAAACGGAAAGGGAGCAGAGCUGGAUGGUUUAAGGGCCUCAAGCCGACUUCAACCCUUCUCUCACGAGGAAUUUCCCACACUGAAAGCAGCUGGAGAACAGGACAAGGCUGGCAAGGAAAGAAGCGGCUUCGAUCCGUCGUAUGGGCCAGGACCAAGCCUCCGCCCCCAAAAUGUCACGAGCUGGAGGGAAGGUGGUGGCAGGAACCUUCAACCUUCAUCCCUGACCCUGGCGCUGCCCACAGACCCCGAGGGGAAGACCACUGCCUUGGGUGAGUCCGGGGCGCUCCCAGCCUCAACUCACCCUCCCUCCGCCACCGCCACCGCCCCCGCCCCCUCUGCCCCCGCACUGACUCCGACGGCCACCUUCGACCCCAAAGAGCCCUCCCUCAGACCCUGCCAGCCCGUCCGCAGAACCACCGUCCCCACGGCCCUGCAGUACCAGCUCCAGCACACUUCCACCGCCGUCUACCACGACAUGUUGCCUGCGUUUAUGUGCUCUAAAGAAACACGGGAAGCCCCAGGAUCGGACCACGUGCUCAGCGUCUCUGCCCCCACACGCUUUGAAAGCAAACCAACUUUUAGACAGAGCUGCGCUAAACCAGAGCUGGUGAACGGCGACGUGAGGAGAGAGAACCGGUUUGUUCGCGGUCCGCCGAGACUCUCCUCGCAGCCCGUUCGAAGACCAGGGGACAAGCCUCACCGGCCUGCGAUCAUUAACCCCGAAGACCUAAAGGACCUGGACGAGCUCGACAAUGAGUGUGAAGACGGAUGGGCCGGACUCCAUGAAGAAGUGGAUUAUAGUGAAAAACUCAAAUUCAGUGACGAUGAAGAGGAGCAUGGUGCAAACAAACCAUGGACUGACUGGGAAAACGAGACCCAGCGCGACCUUCAGUCCUCCCUGAGUUUUGAAGACUGUCACCACGAGGGUCUGGACGAAAACUACCGCUACCAACAUCACCACGACCCGGCGAGGAAACCCAGCAGCAGGUGCCUCUCCGCGGACGGCCAGGUCUCUGAGAAGAAUCAAUGGGGUGAGCUGGGCGAGGAGUUUAAUUUUCCACGAAGCUGUUCGAAUGCAGCGUUUGCUUUAAAACAGUACUACCUUCGGUAUUUGGAAAAGUAUGAAAAAGUCCAUCAUUUUGGUGAAGAUGAUGAUGAAGCGCAGCCUGGGAAUCCCAAAGCUUCUCUUCCACUCGGUGCAAUCCCAAGCUCCUAUAAUUACCAGCAACACGUCGUAUCAGACUAUAUGCGCCAAAGCUACGGCCUGUCCACAGACUUCGUUCCUCCAUGCGACUACAACAAACUGGUGUUGUCCCUGCUGUCCGGGCUCCCAAAUGAAGUGGACUUUGCGGUCAACGUUUGCACUCUGCUGUCUAAUGAGAGCAAGCAUGCCAUGCAGCUGGACAAGGACCCCAAACUGGUCACGCUUCUACUCGCCCACACUGGAGUCUUCGAUGACUCACUCGGCAGUUUUUCGGGUGUUUUUGGGACCGACUGGAAAGAAAAAACCUCCCGGGACUUUAUCAGGUUCUGGAAGGAGGUUGUUGAAGACAUUGAAGUCAGAGAGCUCCUCUGGGACAGGACUUGUCAAGCACCAGAAGGUAGCAAUCGGUGGCUUUUCCACCCGCCGCGGGCCCAGGGCAUCAGUGACAUGGAGUCCCAGAGGGUGCUGCAGGUAGCCGUGAUCCUUCGAAACCUGUCUUUCGAAGAGGCCAACGUGAAGCUUCUGGCGGCCAACCGGACAUGCCUGCGCUUCCUGCUUCUCUGCGCACACUGCAGCCUCAUCUCGCUUCGACAGCUUGGGAUGGACACACUUGGCAACAUCGCUGCAGAGUUGUGUUUGGAUCCCAUUGACUUCAGGACCACCCACUUGAUCUUUCACACAAUAACCAAAUGCUUGAUGUCAAGAGACCGGUUUCUCAAAAUGAGAGCCAUGGAGAUCUUGGGAAACCUGAGUAAAGUGGAGGACAAUGGCGUGUUGAUCUGCGAGUAUGUGGACCAGGACUCAUACCGGGAGGUGAUGCUUCUGCUCACGCUGCCGGACCUUAUGCUGCUCAUGGCGUCUCUGGAGGUGCUCUAUCUCCUGGCUCAGCUCGGAGAAGUUCCCUGCAGCAAGAUUUCCUCUGUGGAGCAUAGCAUAGACUUAUUAGUCCGGCUAGUAUCUAUAGAUCUCCACACAUUUGGCCCGGAUGCCCUGACAGCUGUGAAGUUGAUAGAGCACCAGGCUAAUGCUGAACAGGCUGCUGAAGUGCGCCCCCAGUUAGUAGAGCAAGUCCCAGCAGCUGUACCUGGAGCCCCAGCACCAGCAGUGCGGGUUCCAGCCAACCAACCUCCCCCAGGUAUCAUUGAACUCGAUGGAGAGAAAUUUACACUGCAAUGGCUUAAUGCACACUUUGAGACAAGUCCAGAAGCCAGUGUCUCUCGAUCAGACAUGUACUCUGAAUACCUAACCACCUGCAGCAAAAUGGGACGAACAAACAUCGUCAACUCCACAGGCUUCCUCAAAUGUCUACGGACUGUGUUCCCCAACCACACAAUGCGGCGACAGGAGGAGUCCAAGGCAAAUGGACAGCUCCACAUUCUUCUGGUCGGGAUCAAGCGGCGAGCAAUCCCUCUGCCUGUUCAGCUCUACUACCAACAGCAACAGAGCUCUGCAGUGCCCCCUGUGGCCCGACAUGAGACACCGGGAGACCCACAAGCCCCGCCUCCAGGUCUACCACCAGGACAGUGUCCUCGACCGCCGCCAUCACAGGACACCUCUCACCUCUCCCAGCCCUCCGCUCCUCUACGGCCUUCACCUCCUCAGAUCAUCCAGAACCCGCAGCCAACUCUGCAACAACCCAUCCCAAACAUCCGACCGCCUAUUGGAGUUCAUAUCCCUCAAAACCACAGUCCUCAAACCACUCAAACUGCAGCACCUUCUACUGUCUGUUCUGUGCCACAACAGCACUCUCCCAUGCUUCCCAGUGGAACCCCAGUGACACUAUUUCAACAAGUACCCCCUGGACACAUCCUCACAGCACGGGCACCCAGUGCAGCCACGGGGGUCGCGUUCACUGUGGUUCCCAACACGGGUUUUACGAGUUCAUCGGCUGCGGUGGCUGUAAGCCAAGGAGCAGUGGCCCCAAGUGUCCCACCAAACUCUCUCUCAUCCGACGCUGUCCCACAGCAACCACCGCUCAGAGGAGACAAGAUCAUCUGUCAAAGGGAGGAGGAGGCCAAAGAUGCCACUGGACUGCAUAUCCACGAGAGGAAGAUCGAAGUCAUGGAGAACAAUUCUAUGGCUGAAGAUUCUGCCAAAAGUAACGGAGUGACAGAAGGAACCAAGCUGCUAAAUGGGCGCAAGUGCGUGGAGUUGGAUCUACCUCCAUACCACUCAGGGAACAGCCAGGGGACAGUUAAUGGUCCCGCCUCGGUGGGACAUCCUGCUAACGGAAAGCAGGCACACUCCCCGACCGCAGAGGAGAGAGACCAGCACCCUGAACCCAAAAAGACUCUAGUGAACGGGGUGUGCGACUUUGAAAAGGACGCCAUGGGGUUGAAUUUUAAUAAAAACAUUCCUAAUCAUAUUGCUUCCAAACAGUUUGUGGGGAACGGGGAGGCAGACUCCUCGGAGAAGACUGUCCCCGCUCUGGACACUGCCAAAGCCCUCACCAAUGGACCCCAAACUGUUUCAAACGGACCUGUCGGGGCUGUGCCUGCUCUAAGACACUCCCCCUCUCCCUCCCAGAGUCAGUCCAAUGCGAACGGGGUCUCCUCCGAGGGGCGCUGCCUCAAACGUCCUGCAGAGGAGGAGCGGACGGGUUCCGGGAUCCCCAACAAAGUGGGCGUGCGUAUCAUCACUAUCAGCGACCCCAACAACGCAGGCAGCAGCUCCACCAUGGUGGCUGUUCCUGCAGGCACUGACCCCAGUACAGUAGCCAAAGUAGCAAUAGAGAGCGCCACCCAGAGGACCUGUAGUGCUCCACAGACCACCAGUACAGCACAGCCCACAGCAACACCAUCACCUCCUCCUGUUUCCCAGCCGGCUCCAGUGUCCAGUCCUCAGCCCAAUCCUCCAGCCACGGAACCAAGCAGGAAACCAGGGCAAAACUUCAAAUGUCUUUGGCAAUCCUGCAAAAGGUGGUUUGAGACGCCGAGCCAGGUCUUCUACCACGCAGCCACACAACACGGAAGCAAGGAGGCCUACGGUGGUCACUGUCAGUGGGAGGGAUGCGACCCCCUGCCCCGGCAAAGACUCUCCUUCGUCACACAUCUACAGGACAAGCAUUGUUCUCGGGAGGCUUUACUGGCCGGAUUGAAGCUAGAGGAGCAGAGGGCACUAAGUCCUAAUCAGACUUCCUCUCAGACUCCACCAGCGGCAACUAGCACUCCCGCACCAAGAGCACCAAAAGCUAUUGUCAAUCAUCCGAGUGCAGCUUUGAUGGCUCUGCGACGCGGCUCUCGAAACCUUGUCUUUAGGGACUUCACUGAUGAGAAAGAAGGACCAGUGACGAAACACAUACGGCUCACUGCUGCCUUAACGUUAAAGAACAUAGCAAAGCACUCAGACUGUGGUCGCACGUUGGUAAAAAAGCACGAGAAUCACCUUUCUGUGCUUGCACUAAGUAACAUGGAGGUCUCCACCACGCUCGCCAAAUGCCUUUACGAACUGACGCGCUCAUUGCAGACACAAACGCAGUCCGUGGGAUUUCAUAACUAUCCGAGUCACCCUUUUUGUUUGUGCAACGAAACGGCAGAGAACAUUUUGAGCUGGUGGGAGAACAGGGCCAGACAUGACUGGUGCUGGAACUGGUGGUGGUGGUCUUGGCCCUCCAGACGGGACGGACCCAGAGGAUGCAGAGAAGUGUCCCAUCUGCCUCGGUGUCCUUUCGGGGGCAGAGCUGGCAAUGCCCGACAGCUGCUGCCAUGUCUUCUGCCUCCGCUGCCUUCUCACAUGGGCCGAGCUGCAGGUGUCUCCUUCAUCUGUGUUCAGGUUCCUGUGAGGAGGAGGUGCGUGGAGCCUGAAGUGGAGAGCUACUGCAGAAGAAUCUCUCAAUUUAAAACUGGUCAUAACUGUAAGAGAGCUUUGAGACGGAAGAAGACUGAGCGGACUGUUGACAGGAAAUCGAAAGGACAAAUCAGAAAAUGCAAUGAUGAGGACCCUUCAUCUUUAACAAGAAAAAAAGUUCGAGGGGCGGAGUCUUGUAGCUGGUCGCCUCCUGCUUUUGUUUCACUUACAACUGCAACACAUGAAAUUGCUCAAUCUGUGAAUGAUGAGGAGGAAAUGCUCGGCCACAGAGUCCAGCACUGUAAACCUCAGCGCUGCAUGUGGUUCUCUCCAGUGACUUCCAUCUCCGCCGGCAUCAGCACUACAAGGAACAGUUUCCGCCCCUCCAUCACAAACACUGGUGUAUUCCCUUUUACUCUCAGCUCAUCCCCAUUUUUUUCGUCACCACAGUCCGGUUCAAGUCAUUUUGUGUUUGAGGGAGUGGUGUGUGCGAUCACGUGUCCCAAAGGAGGAGAGAAAAAAGGCGGCAGGGUGUCCAAAGCUGUUCCCAAACAAGCAGUGUCCAAACGCUCAACUCGAGGCUCUAAAAGUCAGGAACAGGCCCCCCUUUCUGAUCCUCAGUCCUCUCAGUCCUCGGGUGCCUCGGACUCAGACACUCCCCCCAGCGCCCCCUCAAGACCAGGUAGAGCGGCACAGGCAGCAGGCAAGCGGAAAGGCAAACGGGUAACCAACAGAAAAGCGAGUGGCAAAAGGAAAGCUCCAGCCAGGAAAAAACGUUCUACAGAAGUUGUCAGCAGCAGUGAAGAGGAGGAGGACACAACAAAAAACAACACAGAAGAUGAACAAGUGGGCAAUAAAACCGAAACGCAACAAUCAGAACAAGACCAAGAGAAAAACGUAGAAGAUAUAGAUGAUUCGGAGCUCGCAAUCAGUACAGAGGAGAGUCAGAACAAUGACCAUGAUGCCGGGCUUCAGGAGGAUGAGGACAAACCACUAGCCAAUGACACUAGCCAGGACAGUAGUGAUACUCAGGACAAACAUGAAAGUGAGACUGAAGAAAAAGAAAUUCCAUCCUCAAAAAAUUCUGCUCCAAAUAGUCCUCUUUCAACAAAUGAAGAAAACUGUAGUGUCGAGGAGGAAGACAAGGAGAAGGAAGAAGAAGAAAUGUACGCUAAUGCUAGUCCAAAACCUGGAGAGGAACCAGAUUUGAUUUCAGACAAUGACAAACAAGAAUCUCCCAAGCAUGAAGAAAUGGACAUUAGUGACGAAGAGGACAAGGACUCUACAGGAGCAGAGAGCGUUGAUAAAACAGAAAAUUCCCCAAAAUCAGAAACUUCACAAGAUGAUAUUGAUGAUCUUAAAACUGGGGAGAAAAGGAGUAAUGAUUCACUACAAAGUGACGGGCAGUCGCCAAGACAAUCAGAAUCUGUGUCAGAAAAUGUUGCUGCUGUUUCAAAUGCCAAUGAUAAGAAAGCGCUAGGGGAAGAUGCCGGUAAAGACACUGAAGAUAUGAAUGAGAUGCCAAUGGAUUUUGGUUCUCCGUUAAGUGAACAUGGAGGUAGGACACCUCUAGAAAAUGAGAGUACCGGUCUGGAGGCCAAACCAAACAAUGAAGCUCCUAAAGGUGAAGACAAGAAGCAAAACGAGGAAAAGACUGAUAAAGACAAAAGUCCAGAGAGGAGCAGACCGCGUCGCUCCCGAUUUCACUCGCCCACCACAUCUUGGUCGCCCAAACGAGAGUCCAAAGAGUCCAAAGAUUCAAAACAGGACAAAAGAUCGCAAUCCAAGGAGCGCAAUGGGAGUCAGAGCCGAUCAGCGCGGCGCAGCAGAGAGCGAGAGAGGGAUGGGGACUCUCAACGGAGGGACAGGAGCAGGGACAGGAGCGGAGACAGGAGCAGGGGCAGGAGCAGGGACAGGAGCAGGGACAGGAGCGGAGACAGGAGCAGGGACAGAAGAAGGAGGAGGUCAAGAAGCCGGUCCAGGAGCAGGUCCAGGUCGAGAAACAGGUUGUACAGAAGAGGUGACCGAAGCCCAGAGAGAGAGGAGAGAAGAAUUGACCGGAGAGAGGAAAAGAGGGAUGACUGGAGAGAGGAAAAGAGGGAUGACCGCAGAGAGGAGUCUCCCCAAACCACUGACUGGAAAGGAGGGUGGAGGUCUGGAGGAGAGGGCCGCAAGUACGGAGGGGGGAGGUUUGAAAACGGCCUUCAAAACACUGAAUCACCUGAAAGGAGUGUGGUGGACUCGAACCCAGACUGGGUGGAGAAGCAGAGAAGCAGCAUGAGCAGUGCAGCUCCGCGGUGGGAGGAGCAUGCGAGAGGGAGGGGUCCAGGUGGCAGAGGAGGCUUCGACCGGGGCAGAGGAAGAGCUGCUGGAAACAGGAGCUUUUUUAACCAAGACGAACAGAGCGAGAACCGCUGGCAGCCCAGGAAUAAUUUCUCGGGGGCUGGAAGUGGUAGCAGUGCAGGAAAUGAUGCAUACAGUCGGUUUAAUGAGAACAGAGGUGGGCGGAGAAAAGAGAUGGAGUCUGGGGAGGCCAUGGACCGCUCUGGCUGGUCUUCUGCAUCCAGCUGGGCCGUACGGAGGACUCUGCCAGCAGAUGUCCAAGAUUAUUAUUCCAAAAGAGAGAGAGGAGGACCGAGUGGAUGGAGCCGGCCGGAGGAGGAGACCACCACUGCAGAUCCGCUUAAAUUGGAUGCUGUGGGUCAGAGUGUACCCGGCAAUGCUCCCGUCCCGGUGCUGGUAUCGCCCCAUCCUCAGCUCCUGCAUCACUACCCUGCUCUGCCUGGUGCUCGUGGCCCUGUGCCCAUGAGUCUGCAGCCGGGGGCCCCAUACGGCCUGCCUCCCUCCCAGGUCCCAGUGCACCUCCACACCGCCGCGCCCCUUUUACAAGGCGCGCAGGGGCUUCCUCCUCCCCCUCCUCCUCCACCACCCAUGCAGCUGGCAAGUCAGACAGCCGCUCAGCCCGAGGGACACAGCACACAGAUGGUCAGUAACAUGGGAGGAUAUGCAAAGCCCCUGUUUGCAACUCCGACCAAAGUGACACCAGCGGCUCCCAUUGCGUCACAGGUCCUGCCCUCCUCCACCACUCAGCCGCAGCACAACCGCGCUCAAGCAGACAGCUCCAAGAAGGAGAAGGUGAGAAGAACUGGCGGCAAUGAGAAACAACACAUUCAAGAGCAAGCGAUCAACGAAGUGAAAAACGCCAUGAAACCGUAUUACCAAAAGAAAGAAGUCACUAAAGAAGAGUACAAGGAAAUUGUCCGCAAAGCUGUGGAAAAGGUGUGUCACAGUAAAAGCGGCGAGGUGAACUCCAGUAAAGUUGCUAACCUGGUGAAAGCAUAUGUGGACAAAUACAAACACGCUCGGAAAAAGUGA